CAUUUUGACGUUUGAUCUCCGAUUCCUUCGUUUCAAGUCUUAUAAGAAUCUAAAUAGAAAAACUUUUUGUCAACAUGGAUGAAGAAUAUGAUGCAAUUGUUUUGGGUACCGGCCUUAAAGAAUGCAUCCUAAGUGGGAUGCUCUCCGUGUCUGGAAAAAAGGUUCUGCACAUUGAUCGUAACAAGUACUACGGUGGUGAAUCUGCGUCAAUUACCCCGUUAGAAGAAUUAUUCGCUAAGUUCAAUGCGCCCGCACCGGAUGAAACUUAUGGACGAGGUCGUGACUGGAACGUCGAUUUAAUACCCAAAUUUUUAAUGGCGAAUGGAUUACUCGUAAAGUUGUUGAUCCAUACGGGCGUCACCCGGUAUCUGGAGUUUAAGUCUGUCGAAGGUAGCUACGUGUACAAAGGCGGCAAAAUUUCAAAAGUACCUGUCGACCAGAAGGAGGCCCUUGCAUCCGAUCUAAUGGGUAUGUUUGAGAAGAGGCGGUUCCGAAACUUUUUGAUUUACGUUCAAGACUUCCAGGAAGAAGAUGCUAAAACAUGGAAGGAUUUCGACCCCAGCACAGCAAAUAUGCAGUCUCUUUAUGACAAGUUUGGACUGGACAAAAAUACUCAAGACUUUACUGGUCAUGCUCUGGCACUUUACCUAGAUGAUAGUUAUCUGCAGCAGCCUGCUAUACAGACAAUACGCCGUAUUAAGUUGUAUUCCGAUUCCCUUGCCCGUUAUGGUAAGUCACCAUAUUUAUAUCCUAUGUAUGGACUGGGAGAGUUGCCUCAAGGCUUUGCUCGUCUUUCUGCUAUCUAUGGUGGCACAUACAUGUUAGAUAAACCCAUAGAUGAGAUUGUAUUGGAUGAGAUGGGACGUGCAGUAGGAGUACGAUCUGGCAACGAAGUGGCAAAAUGCAAGCAGGUCUACUGUGACCCGAGCUAUGUGCCCGAAAGGGUUCAUAAGAAGGGAAGAGUCAUUCGUUGCAUUUGUUUAUUAGAUCAUCCCAUCAAUAACACUAAAGAUGCUUUGUCUACUCAGAUUAUUAUCCCUCAGAAGCAAGUUGGUAGAAAUUCGGAUAUUUAUGUAUCUCUAGUAUCCUACACUCAUCAAGUUGCUGCUAAGGGCUGGUUCAUUGCUAUGGUAUCUACAACCAUUGAGACUAAUGACCCUGAGUCUGAGAUUAAACCCGGAUUGGAACUUUUGGGCCCUAUCAGGCAGAAGUUUGUGUCCGUUUCAGACUAUUAUGAGCCAACAGAUGAUGGCAGUCAAAGCCAAAUAUUCAUCUCUGAGUCAUAUGAUGCUACCACACACUUUGAAACUACUUGCUUAGAUGUUCUUAAAAUAUACAAAAGGGGAACAGGAGAGGAUUUCGAUUUCUCUAAAGUUAAACUGGAAUUGGGUGAAGAAGAACAAUAAAUUUAUGUAUAUUGCUUGUUAAUUUUAAAUUUGUUUAUAUACUGGCUAAAUAAAUGAAUGUUCAUUAGGGAAAUGGGAUAAAAUUUUAUGAGCUUCUAUAAGUUGCUGUAGAGAUGUUCGAGCAGUGCUCCUUCAUUUGUUACUCCCAGCUGUUUAAUUUUACUGAAAAAGUAUAAGGAUCGUUAUUUAUAAGACUUAUUCAACAUUUAAGAAUGCUUUUGUAUAUGACUUAAGAAAUUAUGAGGCAUGUAAUGAUCUGCACAAGUGAUGUGGUAGUUAUGUGCAUAGGCUAUGCAUUCCAUUCUGGUACUUUUUCAUCAUUUAUCCAUAUCAUAUUUGAUAACAUGUCAAUGUAUGAACGCUCACUAUACAAUUAAAUGUUUUGUGUAAGAUCAUCAUAAUAAAAUUACAUUAUAAA